AUGACCAACACAAAGAGAAAGAGGAGAGACACCCAUUAUGUGUUCUCUAGGCCUUUUAGAAAACAUGGAGUUGUUCCUUUGGCCAUAUACAUGCGAAUCUACAGGAAAGGUGAUAUCGUAGACAUCAAGGGAACGGGCAGUGUUCAAAAAGGAAUGCCCCACAAAUGUUACCAUGGCAAAACUGGAAGAGCCUACAAGGUUACCCAGCAUGUUGUUGGCACUGUUGUAAACAAACAAGUUCAGGACAAGAUUCCUGCCAAGAGAAUUAAUAUACGUAUUGAGCAUAUUUACAUAUUGAAGAGCCAAGAUAGCUUCCUGAAGCAUGUGAAGGAAAAUGAUCAGAAAAAGAAGGAAGUCAAAGAGAAAGGUACUUGGGUUCAACUGAAGUGCCAGCUUGCUCCUCUCAGAGAAGCACAAUUUGUGAGAACCAAUGGAAAGGAGCCUGAGCUGCUGGAACCCCUGUCCCAAUGA